UCUCGGGCGGGGCCCUGGGCAGCGGUCCCGGUCGCAUCCCCGCCCCGGAGCCCGGGAACUUCCACUCUUGCCUCACGGUUUCCACCUUUGUACCUGCUCACGUAGGAAGAGUGUUCCCCACCUGAGCGAGCUACCCUCUUAGCCGCCUGCGCUGAACUGCGAGCCUCUUGGGAACGGGGACCGGCCUGGGCGCUACUAGUCCCCGAGGGUUCCUGCGCCCGAGGACGGUGCAGACUUGCUGGACACCAAAUGUUAAAUCAAACGUAGGAGUUACUGGCUGAGGACCUGGAAGCGCCAGCCAGUGGGUAAAAGCCACACAUUUGCCGUUACCGAGUCAGCAGGCUUUACUGGGGUGUCAGCUGUGUGCAGGUUCGGGGGCGCACACAGAUGUCUCGGUCUUCAAAGCAUCCCAGCUCCCAGACCGCAUGUAUGCGUGCAGUGCGUUCCUACCCUUCUUUUUAUAGCCAACGAGACGGAGACCCGGCAAAGAACCGUGUCCUAACAGACACACAAAGGCUAAUAAGACCACCUGGCCCCCCAAGACCUGUUGGAGAUGGGGAAAUCUCAUUUGCACGUGGCGAUGGGAUGUGACUUGAAGGGAAUAAGACAGCCCGGUCUGCGUCCGGGAAAGGCGCAGUGCGCGCCGCGGGAAACCGUGCAGGUGGCCUGAGGUGAGCAAAUUGGCUGCUUUGAUGGCAGAGUCAGAGGAAGUGGCACAUUGGGUCCAACUGCCUCCCAGUGUUUGCAGGGACCAAGGAUGGGGCUGCCUCCCAAGAUCCAGAUGUGAGCCAGCGGGAAGACAGAGUCAGCAAGGAAUCCUCAGAUCCUGCCUAAGAGAGCCAACUUCACAGUGGGAGCUGGCUCAUGUUACCAUCACCUGUCACCUUCCAUGCUCCAGUUACAGCCCUUGCUGUAAGCCAGGCAGGGACAGGCUGCGGGGCUUGAACAGGUGACCUGGAGGGAAAUCCUUCUCCAGAGGCCUUGGAGGUCAAAGAAGAACCCGUGGACCCUGAAAUCAGCAGAUUUUACGAACCGCCAUUAAAGGGUAAACAUCGCAGUCUCUGUAGAGAGCCGUGCGGGAGGAGCCCACAGGUGCAGAAGCGCCAUGGAUGGGAAGGCUGCGGGGGCUCCCCCGGACUUCCACUUCUACCCCUUGGAUCUGUAUGACCCCGAGGACCGGCUGCACCCCUUCCCAGAAGGGGCCACGCGGACAGGAAGCGAAGUCUACGCUGAGAUGGCUGAGGAGGCCAGCGACCCCGGGAGCGUGGCCCUGGGAAAGGCCCCGAGAGCCCUGGAGGAGGAGGUGGACGAGCUGGUGCAUCUGUACGCCCUCGGGGGUGCGGGCGAGUGGGGCUCCGAGCUGGCGGACGGGAGCGCUCCCUGCACGGAGGUUCCAGAGCAUCUGCCGCUUGGGGCGCAGAGGGACUGGCAAAGGCGGCCCGAGGCCGGGGAGCGCGGCUGCGUGGGCUGGGGCGCCACCGGCCCGGGCCUGCGAGAGGCCUGCAGGUACGCGCACGGCCGGGCCAGCCAGGAGUACGAGUGCUACGUCAUCCCCGAGGAGGAGGACGGGGACGAAGCCGCCCUGGUCUUCUGCGUCACCUGCAAGGCUCCAGUAAGGGCGCUGGAGGUUUCGGACGAGCACAGGGAGCACGAGGUGACGGCCCUCGACAAGGCCCUGGAGAGCGCCAAGGAUGAAGUCCACAAAAACAUGUUCAAACUGGAAAAGCAGAUUCUCGAGAUGGAGAAUUUUGCGAAUCACUUGGAGGAGGUUUUCAUCACGGUGCAGGAGAACUUCGGGAGACAAGAACAAAACUUUGAGUCACAUUACAAUGAGAUCUUGGAAACACUCGCUCAAAAAUAUGAAGAAAAAAUACAAGCUCUAGGGGAGAAAAAGAAAGCCAAGUUGGAAGCCUUGUAUGGACAGCUGGUCAGCUGUGGGGAAAACCUCGACACCUGUAAGGAGCUCAUGGAAACCAUUGAGGAGAUGUGCCAUGAGGAGAAGGUUGACUUCAUCAAGGACGCUGUGGCCAUGGCUGACAGACUUGGGAAGUUCCUGAAUACAGACACAGACGUGGAGAUCACUACACAGCCCGACUUUGAAGACCAGACUCUGGACUUCUCCGACGUGGAGCAGCUCAUGUGCUCCCUUCACGCCCUCCCGGCUCCUUCUGCUCCAGUGAUAAACCCACAGGCCCCCAACUCUGCCACGGGGUCCUCCGUCCGAGUGUGCUGGAGCUUAUACUCUGACGACACCGUGGAGAGCUAUCAGCUGUCCUACCGGCCAGUGCGGGACAGCGCACCCGGGAAGGACCAAGCAGUGUUUACAAUGACUGUCAAGGAAACGUACUGCUCAGUGACAAAUCUUGUGCCAAACACCCAGUAUGAAUUUUGGGUCACGGCUCAGAACAGGGCCGGCUCCAGCCCCACCAGUGAGCGGGCAGUGUACAUGACAGCGCCUUCCCCUCCCAUCAUAAAAAGCAAAGAGAUACAGAGCUGCGAAGAGGCCGCACUCAUCUGCUGGGAGUCUGGAAACCUGAAUCCCGUGGACUCGUACACGGUGGAGCUGACCCAGGUGGAAACACCCGAAGCCUCGGGUGUAACCGAGUCGGUGGUGGGCAUCCCAGCCUGCGAGUCUCUGGUGCAGCUACAGCGCAGGCAGAGCUACACGAUGUCCGUGCGAGCCCACAACAUGGGGGGCCCCAGUGCCAGGAGUGACCCCGUGACAGUCCACACCACAGGCAGCCGCUUUCCCCUGAACCAGCACACCUGCCAUCCCUGGCUGACUGUGGCUGACGACGGGUUUACGGUCGUGCGAAGCGAAAGGAAAACCCCCCUGAAGGAGCCGCUGCCUGGCAACACCCGGUUUAGCAGGUGUGUUGCUGUCAUGGGGAAUCUAAUUCCAGUCCGAGGGCGCCACUACUGGGAGGUGGAGGUGGACGAGCAGGCCAACUACACAGUGGGCGUGGCCUUUGACGAUGUCCCUAAAGAGGAGGACCUGGGAGCAAACCGCCUGUCUUGGUGCAUGAGGCACAGAUUUGCAUCAUCGAGGCACGAGUACGAGUUCCUGCACAACAAGACGACUCCAGAUAUAAGAAUAACAGUGUCCCCAAGGAAGAUCGGCAUUCUGUUGGACUAUGAAAACUCAAAAUUGUCCUUUUUCAAUGUGGACAUUUCUCAGCACCUUUACACGUUCAGCUGUCAGCUCCAUGGAUUCGUGCAUCCCUGUUUUUCUCUGGAAAAGCCUGGCCGUCUGAGGAUACGUAAUGGCAUUGCAAUGCCCACGCACGUCGCUUUCUAUUAGACCGUUCUGGCCUGACUUCCUGUCAUUGUGCGGUCCCUCCCCUCCCAGCCACUCAGCCCUCAGCCCGUGGGCCCAGGCACUGACGCACCACGCACCCGGCCCCUUCGGCUCCCGCUCUCCUCUGGCAGACGGGGGUGCUGACGCUCGUCUCGGCGGACCUGGGCUCUAGGCCCUCGCUGCUGCCCGUGUGAUGUUCGGUGCGUCCCCAUCAGGCCCAGCUGUCACCUGAGUGCUCUGCCAGCGUGAACCCAGAGGUCCUUCACGUGGUCAGGCCGGGCGGUCUAUUUUUUUAUAGGCAAAGUAUCUGAAUCUCCAAGGCCUCCAGAGCUCGGGCUGAGGGCGAGAGAAUGGGAGGGAGGGAUGCGACACCGGCGCUGUGUCACCAGCGGCCGGGAACAGACCUGCAAAGACGAGGGGCCGUCCACAAAGAGCAGGGAAGCCAUGCGCCUUCCCCUCUCCUGUUUUCCCAGCACUGCCGGCGCUGUGCUGAGGGUCUCCCGCCGCACACUGUGACGCUGUUCCUGUCCUUCACCGAACCCACCUGCUCAGGCUUUGCAGUGCCCUCUGCCACGCCCGAUUCCGUGAAGGCGGGUCGGGGUCUGUCUUGUUCAUCGUCCAGUUCCCAAGGGCUACCCCGUCAUGAACAGGUUCCCACCGCCUCUGGGAUGAGUCCGUGUCCUCUCCGUCCAGCCACUGCCCGUGGGCAUGCUCUCCCUGCUCUUCGGCUGAGGGACGGUGGGGCCCCCUCAAAACCAGCACAGGACACGCGGCCGGGAGACACCAUGGAGGGGAGGCGGUAGGAAGGCACAGAAGGGCCCCUGCAGCUUGAUGGCAAGAUGGGGACACGGACUACUCCGCACUACCACAUAGAUGCACUUUCACUGCAUCAACAACGGGCCGGGGAAUGAACGAGGAACACACAGACGUGAGUGGCAGCUGAUCCUAGAAACCGUCCCAUAAAGAGACCAUCCCAUAAAGAGAACCAGGUUCGAAAUCAGAAGAUUUACAGUGGAUCGCUAGUCUGUAGCUGCUUUGCCUUCAACCUUAGAAAAGUCCCACUAUCUUGAAGCGCUCCUGUUUCCCUUUAAACAGAGAAAAAAUAGUACUUGUUUCAUAGGACAGGAAGAUUCCCAGUGACCGUGAGAGGGCACGACAGUAUAGGGCGCACAGCGAAUGCAUGGCAGCUUGUGAAGACAGCAGCCCACCGAGACCCAAGAUGAGCUCUGGUGGGUGGUCUCCCACCGGCAGCUCUGGGACUUCUGGCCUCGCUGCUCUCGUGCCAUCCUGCGACCACGGGACCCGGCCCCGCUGGCUGCAUCCCCAGUUCUCCAGCCCCGGAGUCUGGCCGUCUCUCAGAGCUCUGCACUCAGCACCUCCCAGCUCGCAGAGCGAGUGACUCCGUCUGUGAGGCAAUUCGCAGAGACCGUUCUGUGUCCUACCCUGUGGAGGCCUCUCAAAGCAGACAUCACCUCAUCACUUCGGGUUUUCUGUGAACUGAAAACGCCUUGGCUCUAGAAUCUUCUGUUUUCUAGCACACUCGAAGUCCGACAGUGAACACCCCUCCUGUCUCCAACUCGGCCUGUGAUGUGAGCAGCAGCUCAGAUUCCUGACUUCACAGCCCACCUAGACGAUAUCGCAGCUCCUUAGUCUCACACGCGCAUGCACACGCACACACAUGCACACACACGCACACACACCUGCCAGCCACGCUGCAUCACUGGCCUGAAAUCAGGAAGGUACGGCCCGUGUGAGCACAGACGGUUCAGGUUACAGACACACGCUGUUCCAACCCUGUUCUCAGCUCCAGAGGCAGAAACUGCAGUAGGAAGUAGGACAUCACAGAUAAGGCAAGUGUGAACUCCGGACUCUAGCCGGCUUUAUGAAAUGUUUCGCGUGUAAUACGGACAUGUAUAAAUGAUAAAAACUCGACACCUAUAUAAGGUCUGAGUGAAAUUUUUAUUUGAUCAAGGAAAAAACAACUAAAAUUGGCACUGAGCAUUGACAUUUAAAAUUCACUUAAUUUACACAAGGCAUAUGAACAACUUAAAGCAUCAUAAUUACUCAGCGUAAAAAACUUUGGUUUAAACAUGUUUCUUCUGCAAGAAGAAAAAAUUAAGUGUAGAAAAGAACCAAACAAAACUUUUUUUUCUGUAAAAUAUUCCAGUUCCUAAAAUAUCACGAAUAAUCUGCUGAAACUAAAUUUUAACAAGGGGCAGGAUUUACCUCCAGGCCAUGUUCACCUGCAACCCCGCUGAUAAAUCUGUUAAAAAAAACAAAACAAAAAGGAUUUUUAGAACAUCAGACAGUCGAGGCCACAAUCCCUGACUGCAGUUAAAACAAAACAUGUCAGUCUGUUCUUUCCCUACGUUCACCUGUCUCACUGUAUAACCCUUGAGCAAAUUAUUAACAGAAGCUUUGGCUUCCCUCAACAAAGGGGAGUGAGAAUAUGUAAAAAAAAAAAAAACACAGAGGGCACCUGGGUGGCUCAGUUGGUUGAGCAACUGCCUUCGGCUCAGGUCAUGAUCCUGGAGUCUCAGGAUCGAGUCCCACAUCGGGCUCCCUGCUCAGCGGGGAGUCUGCUUCUCCCUCUGACCCUCUCCCCUCUCAAGAUCUCUCUC